CAGUGUGAAGAGUAUGAGCAUCUCAUCGGAGAAGGUCUGUUGGGAGUCUUAAUCUGAGUGGAAGCUUUGGAUACUGUCCACCCCAUCAUCAGCCUGACUUGCAAAAUGUCUGACUUUGAGGAUCUCAGCAAGCUAGGAGGCCAGGCAAACGUAUCUGAAAGCUACCAGCUGAACCCCACCAGUGUGAUCGUGUCGGUCGUCUUCUCCCUCAUCUUUCUGCUGGGCACCAUUGGCAACAGCCUGGUGCUCGCCGUGCUUCUGCGGAGCGGGCAGGUGGGAUACAACACAACCAAUCUGUUUAUACUCAACUUGAGCGUGGCCGACUUCUUCUUCAUCAUCUUCUGCGUCCCUUUCCAAGCCACCAUAUACUCUCUGGAGGGCUGGGUGUUUGGCUCCUUCAUGUGUAAAGUGGUGCACUUCUUCAUCAACCUCACCAUGUACGCCAGCAGCUUUACACUCGCUGCCGUCUCUGUUGACAGGUAUCUGGCCAUUCGAUACCCGCUGCGCUCCAGAGAGCUCCGGACCCCGUGUAAUGCAGUUGUUGCCAUGGUGAUCAUCUGGGGUCUUUCUCUGGUCUUUGCGGGUCCUUAUCUCAGCUACUACGACCUGAUCGAUUACGCCAACAGCACUGUGUGUAUCCCGGGCUGGGAGGAGCAGAACCGGAAAGUGCUGGACACGUGCACCUUCCUGUUUGGCUACGUCAUCCCCGUGCUGAUUGUGAGUCUGUCAUACACUCGAACCAUCAAGUACCUUUGGACGGCCGUUGACCCUCUGGACGGCAUGUCAGAAUCUAAGAGGGCCAAACGCAAGGUCACCAAAAUGAUCAUCAUCGUCACCGUGCUUUUCUGCAUCUGCUGGCUGCCGUACCACGUGGUGAUCCUGUGCUACCUGUAUGGAGACUUUCCCUUUAAUCAGACAACGUACGCCUUCAGGCUUCUCUCUCACUGCAUGGCUUACGCCAACUCUUGUGUCAACCCCAUCGUGUAUGCUUUGGUGUCCAAGCACUUUCGCAAAGGCUUCAAGAAAGUGUUCAGCUGCAUCCUCAGUAAAAAUGGAAGAAAUAAGGUCCAUGUGGUUCAUGUCGCCAACACUGUGCCCGGGUUUGAGGCGGGCUCCACAGAAGUGUCUCAGAUGAACGAGGAGAACAUGCGACAGAAUGAAUGUGAGAUGAUUAACAGGCCUAUCGCAGAGCCAAGAGAAGCCACAGUGACACUCAAUAUGCCCUUUCAGCGGCAGACUUGA